AUGGCGGAGCAGCGGGCGCUGGUGGCCGCCAAGCAGGGAGACCGGGCAGCCUUGGAGCGGCUCCUGACGGAGGGGGCCCUGGGCUCGGGCCCCACCGAUGCACUGGGCGCCGGCCUGGUCCACCUCGCCGCGCGCGCCGGCCACCUGGACUGCGUGAAGCUGCUGGUGCAGCAGGCCCGGCUUCCCGGCAACCAGCGGGCCCACAACGGGGCCACCCCGGCCCACGACGCAGCUGCCACCGGCCACCUGGCUGAACUGUGCUGGCUGGUCCGCGAGGGGGGCUGUGGCCUGCAGGACCAAGAUGGCUCAGGAGUAUCCCCUCUGCACCUGGCUGCCCGGUUUGGACACCCCGUAGUAGUGGAGUGGCUGCUUCGAGAGGGCCAUUCAGCCACACUGGCCACCCUGGAGGGGGCCUUGCCCCUGCACCACGCCGCUGUCAGUGGAGACCUGACCUGUCUGAAGCUCCUGGUGGCUGCCCACAGCAGCGCCGUGAACCGCAGGACGCGCAGCGGCGCCUCCCCCCUCUACCUGGCCUGCCAGGAGGGCCACCUGCACCUGGCACAGUUCCUGGUCAAGGACUGCGGCGCCGACGUGCGUUUGCGCGCCCUGGACGGCAUGAGCGCACUGCAUGCGGCCGCUGCCCGCGGCCACUACUCGCUCGUUGUCUGGCUGGUCAUGUUCACGGACAUCGGCCUGACCGUGAGGGAUAACGAGGGGGCCACAGCCCUCCACUUUGCGGCUCGAGGCGGCCACACCCCCAUUCUGGACCGGCUCCUGAUAAUGGGCGCGCCCAUCAUGAGAGACUCCUGGGGCGGGACCCCACUUCACGAUGCUGCUGAGAAUGGGCAGUUGGAGUGCUGCCAGACCCUGGUCUCCCACAACGUGGACCCCUCCCUCCAGGAUGAGGAUGGCUACACGGCGGCGGACCUGGCCGAGUACCAUGGACACCAGGAUUGCGCCCAGUACCUGCGGGAUGUGGCCCGGCCGGUACCACUGCUGAUGACUCCACCACCACCACCAUUUCCCCCACCCCCGUUAUCAGCUGCCCGAAAGUCUCCAGAAGAGGGAGGAAGAGGGGGUUCUGGUGUCGGGACCCCCACUGCAGCUCCUCUCAGCCCAGCCUGGCCUGACCAGCUCACCUUGCCGCCCCCCAGGGAGCAGUCGACUUCUGUGGCCCCCCAGAAAAUCACCACCAGUGCUUUGGCUGACCCCGAAGGAUCAGGGGCCCAGACGGCAGCAGAUGCCCCCAACGGCUUGGCCGUGCUGCAGCUGGAUGGGCUCCCCUCGGGUGACCUGGACGGGCUGGUGCCCACGCAGGACGAGCACGGCAGGCCCAUCCCCGAGUGGAAGCGGCAGGUGAUGGUGCGGAAGCUGCAGGCGCACCUCAGUGCGGAGGGGGCGACCGAGGCCCAGGAAGACUGCGCCGGAGAGGACUCGGCGGAGCAGGCGGCCUGGCGGUACUCACAGGCCCACCAGGCCAUCCUGGGCCCCUUCGGGGAGCUGCUGACAGAGGACGACCUGGUUUAUCUGGAGAAGCAGAUCGCCGACCUGCAGCUGCGCCGGCGUUGCCAGGAGUACGAGAGCGAGCUGGGCCGGCUGGCCUCCGAGCUGCAGGCCCUGCUGCCUGCGCCCCUGGUCAGAAUCACGGUCAACAGCCAUUUCCUGACCCCCACAGCGGGGCCUGAGGGCGAGGAGGCCGGAGGAACGGCGGGGGUGCUGCCCGAGGGCGCCGGGGCGGCGGGGGCGCCGGGCGGACAGCCCCUGCCCUUCUGGUGCGGCCACAUCGCGCGGCUGGUGCGCAGCAUGUCACUUCUGCUCCGCGGCGUCAACGGGCUGGUGAGAGGCGAGGAGCGGCCGGCCGAACCCCAGGCCGCAGCCCCCCGGGAGGCCCCGGGCAGCCCCCCGCGCAGCACAGCGCAGCGCGAGAUCCAGGCGUGCGGGGUGUCGGUGCGGACGCUGCGCGGCACCUUCGAGGCCGGCCUGCCCUGCGCCCCCUCGGCGGGGCCCUGCGCCCGGUGCCCGACCGACUGUUGGGCGGCCGCAUCGCAGCCCCGAGGUGGUCCCGUGGGCGCAGAGCCCGGCCCGGGAGACAACGAGGAGGCCAGUGACUCGGGCAUCAGCUGCGAGGAGGCCCCGUCGGAGGGGGGUACGGGCCUGGACCUGGGCAGCCUGCGGAAGGAGCGCAUCGUCCUGCUGUUCCUCGGCCACUGGAAGAAGUCCGCCUACACGCCGGUGCUUGAGACGGCCUGCGGGAGUCCGGGGGUCCCCCGCGCCCCGGGGCCCCCCGCAUCGCCGCCCAGCGCCGGCCCGCGCCUUGGCCACCUGUGGCAGCAGCGUGGCACCAUCGCACACCUGCUGGGCCGCUGGAAAGCCAUCAUGGCGCAUGUGCCCGCCCGUCAGCUGCGGCGCCUGAGCCGGAGGCCGCACGGGCCGCUGUCCCCCGAGCAGUUCCUGCCGCACGUGGCGGGGGCGCCAGUCCCCUACGGCAGCCUGACCCUGGACCUGUUCAUGCUGGGCUACUUCCAGCUCCUGGAGUGCGACCUGCCUCCCGAGGAGCGCAAGAUGCGCCACUUGCUGUGCUUCGAGGUCUUCGAGCACCUGGGCACCCACGGCUGGGAGGCAGUGCGCACCUUCCACAAGGCGGUCACGGACGAGGUGGCCGCUGGCCGCCGCACCUGGACCGACGGCUUCGAGGACAUCAAAGCCCGCUUCUUCGGCUCCCGCCGGAGACACACCUGGGACUCGGAGUCCGGCCGCAAGCCCGUCGUGCCAGCGCUGGGGCCACUGUCCCCCACCGAGGUGCCCAGCAGCGGCCUUGAGCCGGAAGCCCCUGGUGCCGGGCAGGACAGCUUCAGCAGCGCGGAAAUCUGUGGGUACAUCGACCGCAGCUUCGCCUUCUGGAAGGAGAAGGAGGCAGAGAUGUUCAACUGUGGAGAGUGA